AAAACAAUCUCGAUCUUGCGCAAUCGUCAACCAAACGUACCCACACCGAAUCACGAAAACAAAAGGGCGGUGAGAACAAAGAAGACAGUAUUAAAGACAACAAUCUCAAUCUUGCGCAAUCGUCAACCAAACGUACCCACAUCGAAUCUACCAUAAGCAAGACCAUAUAUGGUAUGUUAGAAAAGAGGCUGGCUGAAAUGUUAAUAGUAUCCGGUCUUAUUCGAUUUUCUGAAUCGUAUGAUACUAAUAUAACUAUUGUAAUUGCAGAAUUUGAUGUAAUAGUAUAUCCCAAACGUACUAAAGCAUUCAAGUGGAUUGCGGACUUAGACAAAGUGACUCUUAGUGAUUUAAAAGAGUCUAUUUUCUCCAUGCGAAAACCUCAAAAAAUUGACAAAGAUAGUAUGGAACUCACAAUUAUCAGUAAUGGAGAAAAAUACAUACCCAGAAAUGACAUAGAAUUUCAACUUCUCUUAGAUUAUUCGUGUCAAAGGUCUGAUCUAUAUCAACUCAGCGAUGAUGAUGAUCCUUCAUUGUCAGUGUUUCCACUUCUUGAAUGUGGAAUCACAGAAUUAAACGAUGAAGGAUCAAAAAUGAUGAUCAAUCAUCUUGUAACCGAUUUGACUUUACGUUACAAGUAUUUCCGAACCAACAAUGAAGCUUCCAGGAGCCAUUUUGUCAGUGCAUUUCUUUUAGCAGUCACAAAUUGUUUUGAUGACAAAUUAACAGUUUGUGCUGAAAAACAGAUCACUGGCAAAAAUGGCCAUGGGCCCGUGGAUUUUGCGCUA